GGUGCGGGCCAGCGGGAGCCCUGGAAGCUGCGGGAGCCGAGCCGGGAGUUUCGCUCCUCGCUGACCCGGCUCCCCCACCGAGGGCCGAGCGGGGUCAUGGGGGAGCCCGGCCCUGUGGUCCCCGGGGCCCAGGCUGGGGGCCGCAGCUGGUGCCUGCGGCGGCUGGGGAUGAACACGGAAUGGCUGCUGCUGGAGGACGGGCGUGAGGUGACAAUAGGUCGAGGAUUUGGCGUCACAUACCAGCUGGUAUCAAAAAUCUGCCCUCUGAUGAUUUCUCGAAACCACUGUGUUUUGAAGCAGAAUCCAGAAGGACAGUGGACAAUUAUGGACAAUGAGAGUCUGAACGGUGUCUGGCUGAACAGAGAGCGUCUGGCACCAUUGCAGGUUUAUUUCCUCCAUAAGGGAGACCACGUCCAGCUGGGAGUGCCUCUGGAAAACAAGGAGAAUGCGGAAUAUGAAUACGAGGUCACGGAAGAAGACUUGGAAAGACUGCAUCCCUGUCUUGCCCCAAAGAAUGACCAGAUGGAAAAAAACAAAGGCUCGAGAACUAAGAGGAAAUGCAGUUUAGACGAAUUAGAGACCGCGGCUGAAGGCCCUUCGAACUUCACAUCCAAAAUCAGCAAAGUGUCUCUUAAGCCCAGUCAGCCGGUGGUUUUACACGGGAAAGGCGAAGGGGCGAGUCACUCGCUGGGCUUUUUGUACCCCAAGUUGACUCUUGACCCCGAGAAGAUGACAGGGACUCACAUUUACAUUGCGUCUCCAAAAGUCAUAGAGCUUCAUCACAAGAAGCAUAAAGCCUUGAACCCGGCAGCGUCGCAGAGCAGCUUGGAGCAGUUCAAGGUGACCAUGUCUCGCAUCCUGAAGCUGAAGAUGCAGAUGCAGGAGAAGCAGGUGGCUGUGCUGAACGUGAGGAAGCAGGCGCGCAAGGGGAGCUCGAAGAAAAUCGUGAAGAUGGAGAAGGAGCUGCAAGACCUGCAGACCCAGCUGUGUGCAGAGCAGGCCCAGCAGCAGGCCAGAGUGGAGCAGCUGGAGAGGACGUUCCAGGAAGAGGAGCGGCACCUCCAGGGUUCGGAGAAGGAGCGAGGAGAGGAGGACCUGCGACAGCAGCUGGCCCAGGCCCUGCAGGAGCACCGAGCUCUGAUGGAGGAGCUGAACCGCAGCAAGAAGGACUUUGAGAAGAUCAUCCAGGCCAAGAACAAAGAGCUGGAGCAGACCAAGGAAGAAAAGGAGAAGGUGCAAGCACAGAAGGAGGAGGUGCUGAGCCACAUGAACGACGUGCUGGAGAACGAGCUCCAGUGUAUCGUUUGCUCGGAGUUCUUCAUUGAGGCUGUCACUUUGAACUGUGCCCACAGUUUCUGCUCCUACUGUAUCAAUGAGUGGAUGAAGCGGAAGAUAGAAUGCCCCAUCUGUCGCAAGGACAUCGAGUCUAAAACCCGCUCCUUGGUCCUGGACAACUGCAUUGAUAAGAUGGUGGAUAAUCUGAGUUCAGAAGUGAGAGAACGACGGAAAGUCCUUCUCAGGGAACGAAAAACAAAGAGACCAUCUUGCUCCAAGGGCAUUUGAGAGACUCCAAGGCGAAGGGAGCUUGGGCUGCUCCGGAGGAUGCUGGGGUUCCCUUGGACCGCUCUGGAGGUCACCUGAGAAGCUGUGUGUGCUGAGACAGGGUUAGGAAGCCCUGUGUCUCCGGCCUCCCGUGGUGCCAUCCCGGCCUCCCGUGGUGCCAGCUGCACUGGGACACGAGGCUGCACUGGGACUCGCGCUGACUGCUUCACUACAUGUGAGAUGGUUUUGGGCUCUGGGUUUUUGUUUCUUUUUUUCUUUCUUUUUUUUUUUUUUUUAAGUUGUUGCUGUUUCUGUACCUCAGAUGAACCCCUUGCCGUUGAUUGUGGACAGUCGGGUAUACCUUAUGGCCGCCCCCGAGGCAGCCUGUGUUGUGAUCUCGCUUACCUCUUCUCUGUGAAAACAAGACGUCAUUUCUUGGAAAUAAAAUGUAAAACUCCUCA